CCAGAUCAUAAUAGAAGAAGCCGUUCGCGUAGUCGAGCUCCCUAGAAGAGUUCAUCAAAAUUCAACACAAUAUAGUAGUUACUUGUAUUAUUGAAAGGAUUUACUCUUAACAACAGCUGGUCACAAUGGCAUCAGACUGGAUUGGCAGUCUUGUUUCAAUCCACUGUGGACCAACACUUGGAGUGUAUCAAGGAGAAGUUUCUUCAGUAGAUCAGGCCAGCCAAACCAUCUCUCUCAGACAUCCCUUCCAUAACGGAGUCAAGUGCACUGUACCUGAGGUUACCUUCAGUGCCAUGGACAUCAAAGAUCUCAGAAUCCUUGAGAUCUGUAAGAGCUCCAAUGAAGUUCCAAAGCAAAAUGGUCCAGACUCCAACUCAACACUGACGCCGCAUGAUGCACGCAAGGAGAAGGGUGGUGGCGCCCCAGUGAACAGUACUCCUGUGACAGUACCUAAUAAAGCUGAGCCCAAAUCACAGGAAGGAGGAGUGUCUCCAGUGCCACACUACUCGAAGGGUUACGGUGAACGUCACAUGGACAUGGCUGCCCAAAGUAAAGGCUUUAGACGAAGACACAACUCCUGGUCAUCUAGUUGCAGAGGUCCAAAUCAGGUCACACCUAAAAAGAACGGAGUGAAGAACGGGGGCUAUAUGAAGAAUAGACAUGAUGAAUGUUUUGGAGAUGGGAUGGAUGAUGUUCUCGACGAAGACUUCGACUUUGAGGGUAACCUCGCGCUGUUUGACAAAGCGGCAGUGUUUUCGCAGAUUGAUUCAUCGGAACGGAGAGGCAAUGGUGCCAGAUCUCGAGGGACACCUGGAGAGCAAACGCCAUCGCGAUACCGCCAUGACGAGAACAUUCUGGAAGCCAAACCCGUUGUCUACAGACAGAUCAUAGUUCCACAGCAUGGAACAAAAGAGUAUAGCACUGACUCAGGGCUGGUGGUACCCAGUAUUUCUUUUGAUUUGCAGAAGCGUUUGUUGGCUGCAGCAGAGAGUCACGGCCUGUCUCUAGAGCGCAGGCUUGAGAUGACGGGUGUAUGUGCAAGUCAGAUGGCCCUCACACUACUUGGUGGCCCAAACAGACUUACCCCAAAGAAUGUGCAUCAACGGCCCUCGGUGGCCCUGCUGUGUGGACCGCAUGUCCAGGGAGCUCAGGGCAUCAGCUGUGGCCGCCACUUGGCCAAUCAUGAAGUGGAGGUCAUCCUAUUCUUGCCAAACUUCGUCAAGAUGUUGGAGGCCAUCACCAGCGAGCUUGCACUCUUUGGCAAGACUGGGGGCAAACUGGUUUCUAAUGUGAAAGACUUGCCAGAGACACCCGUUGACCUGGUUAUAAGCUGCCUUGACUCACAUGAAAACGGAUUCUUGAGGGACCAGCCCUGGUAUAAGGCAGCUGCCGACUGGGCCAACCAGAACCGGGCCCCUGUACUGAGCAUUGAUCCUCCAGUAAGUGGACAGGCACAUGCAGUGGAAGCUAAAUGGUCCCUUUCUCUUGGCCUCCCCCUGCCUUUGUCCGAGGGGGCCGGCCGAGUCUACCUAUGUGACAUCGGUAUCCCUAGACAGGUGUUCCAGGAAGUGGGAAUCAAAUACCACUCCCCCUUCGGGUGUAAGUUUGUCAUCCCUUUGCACUCUGAAUAAGCCAAGACCUUCUUCCAUUUGGGUCAAGGCUCACUGAACCAGAACCUGCCUUAAAGAUUUUAGAAUGAACAGACGUCAGUUUGAAUGUUGGGACAAGUAAGCCUUUCCUUUGCAGCACAACUGGAACUUCUCUGCUUAUUGUUCUCUUAAAAUUCUCCAAAGGGGACAGGAGAAGCCCCAACAAAGGGAAGCGAAAGAAAAGGAUACCAGCUCUUGUGACAUCUCAGACAUUAAAAACAGAACAAACAUUAGUAUAUUCUCACUGUCUCUGCUUUGUUCUGAAGUCUAAUAGUCUUACAAUGAUUCUUCAGAUGGCCGUUUCAAUAUAUAGACUUGGAUCUUUUUGGAAGGAUACAUUUUUGUUCGUUGUUUAUUCAACAAAACCAUUGAAACUGCUUGCAUGGCUCACUGUUACUGUGACUGUGAUCAGUUUUCUGUCAAAUUUCAUUCUUUGUUUACUUUCAGCAUCUUAAGUAGAAUUUUUUUUUACUUUAAAAGUCAGAUGUGCUGAUUAAGAUCGACCUUUAAUUUUUUCCCCCAAAAAAUGUCAGAAUCUGCAUUAAAUAGGGGGUUUUCCUUUAUUCUAUUUGUGCCAGUGUGAUCAAAGUCAGUGUGAGGUGGUAUAAUGUGCUCAUUAUGCCAAGGCAGUUUAUUGCUUGCAAAAUUUCUGCUUAAAGAUGUUGAAACAAAGCAUUAUUUGCUUUGGCCGUUGACCAAGCCCAGUGUGCUGUAAAUAUAUCAGAGAUUGACUGGGUUCUUAUCAGUGAAAAUGUUGCACACUUGAAUGGCAUGGAAGGUAAGUUUACUAUAAAACCAGUCCAUGAUAUUGGUUAGGAUUGGACAAAAACUGGGCAGUUUUAAGCAGUUGUUUACCAAUACCAUUGUAGACUACAAUUAAAUUUGUCCAGUCUUACAAACUCAGAUUUUCUAGAGGAAAUAGCUUAAGAUAAACUUGAAGCAUUGCUAUGCUUUAUCUCUUUUUUUCAUUAGUUUGCCAUGAGUGUGGACUCAUUCUCAAUGCUCAUCAAAUAAACAGUUUGAGAUCCUGUUUUAAAUGGGUUUCAAUUUGUGGAGUUGUCAUCUCUUGUUUGGUUAUAUCUAACAAGAAUCUUUUACUAGGAGAGAUACUCCACAUGUUGCAAUAAAUGUUUCUGAAAUUGAUUCAUGGUUUUAUUAUAGUUUUUGUUGAGCACACAAACCCAUUACAAAACCUUCAGUGGAUCCAGAGCAAAUUAAAAGUCAGUAUGGGUAAUGAAUUACGAUUACCAGAGUAGUUGUUUUUCUAAACAAGCUCUGUUAAAGAUAAAAUAGUUAUAACUUUUUGUUUAAACCAGCAGAUUACCAUAUGCCUUCAAAGUGAAUAUGAAAGGCACUUAUGAUUCUAAAAUACUCUUAGUUGUAUAAAAGAUGCAUUUGGGACAAUAAUGAAAACCUUGUUUCAAAGAUGUUAUGAUGUCUUGAAAUAUGACUUUCAUGUGUGUACAGUGUGUUGACAGCUGUCUUCUAACAGCUGGAAUAAUGUACUGUUUUCAUCAGACUAGCUUUUUAAAAUUUUUUUCGUUAAAGCUUUUUUCUGUUAUGUCUUCUGAAUUUGACUAGCAAAUAUUUUGUUUUCAUACUCCUAUAUGAUUUGGAGAAUGCUUUUUUCCCUGAUAUUUGACUGUUUUUCACUGUUAUCCUGUUUCAUCUUUAUCAUUUCAGAGUUCUAUACAUUUUCACUGAAGCUGGUACGCCUGUGUUUUUCUAUUCUAUCUUCUGUCUAUAGGCCAUGCCCAAGGUUUAGACAGCGUGUAAGAGUGCAGGUCAUUGUUCCCUGUUUAAGUUACAUUUUUUUUAUUUUAUUUUUUUUAUGCUAUGAACAAUCUAAAGGUGACAUCACUAAAGAUGACUGCCCCAGAUGUCUUAUUAUACUUGUUAUAAUGAUAGAGUUGUGAAAACAACAGACUUGAUACAUCAGCUAUUCUCAGAUGUGGGGCAAAUUGAAAUGUGAAAUACAGAAUUUACUUUGAUUUUUUUUUUUUUUUUUUUUUUUUUUAACACUUGUAAGUGGUCAUUGAAUGGUAGUGUCUCUGAUGGCUGCUAGAGAGCCACUUGGCUACUUGAAAUGAGCUUUUGAGCUUAAAACAAAGAUUGAAUGAAUCAGUAAGGCAAUUAUAAAAAAAAUGCUUAGAAGAUUGCACUAUCCAAGUAUUGACAACAUAGAAGAGAAAAGGUCCAUGGUCUGUCUUCACUGUGGAUGUAUACAUAUAUGAGAGCUUGUAUGUUUAAUUCAUUAAUAAUACAGCAGUAAAUGGGCAAAUGCGGCACUAAAAGAGCUUAAGAAAUUGUGCCAAAAUCACUUGUUGGUCUUUAUGUUGUAGUUAUCAUGUGACAGACUGGUUACUUGUUCUUCUUUGGGAGUAAAAAAUAUUACUGCUGUACAUGCUUUUUGAAACCGAAUAUUUGUUUGCAUUUAGCUCAAAGAAACCAAUUUUGCUUUAACAUAAUACCUGCAGAAUCCAUUGAAAAAUAUUCAUUUGAAUAUUGUUUGAUACCUAAGCACUGCUUAGUUGUAUCUGUCAAAAUGUAGUUUUAUAUAAACCAUUCCUCUACGUAAGAGUGAACUGAGAGGGAGUUUUGCUUCUAAAAAUGUGACCAAACAUGUUGUGCAAACAAGAGUUUUCGAAUAUAUUUAGAAGUUACCUGGUACAGCUAAAUUGUGUUGCCCCCCACAUUGGUUAUGAUGAUGUCAUUGAAAACAUCCCUGAAAGUUCCAAGAGGUUUGUUUGCAUCAGAAUCGAAAGUUCCAAGCUACUUUUUUUUUUGUUUUUCCAUUCUUUUUUUUUUUUUUUUUUUUUUUUU